AUGCCAUCUCCCCCACCAUUUCCAUCGCCUCCAUCACCACCAUCGAACCGAUCAACCUCCUCACCACCACACACCCCACCAGACCGUGAAAGAGAUCGUGUACCAGAUCCACCCCCAACUCCCCGCCCAGCCCCCCGUCGAAUGGUACCACAACCCCGGCCCUUCUCCCAUGCACCACCAGUCAUUCCUCCUCUUCCUCCGCCACCACAGGAAGGCUACAGCGGCAUUUUAAUCCCAAGCACGCCCCCACCACCAGCCUCACCACCAUCCCACGUCCCCUUCUCCCCUCACGACCCCUCUACACAACCAGAAGCCCAAAAGCCUCCACGUAGAGCCCUCUGGAUCACAUACACAAAAUGCGGGCACAGGAUGCGCGUGCUACUGCCGGCGGGAAGCAAGCUCGCUGAACCAUCGCCACCUGAUCCCACUGAUGCGGACACCAGCACCACCAACGGCAACAGAAACGGCAACAACCCACUUCCCCCGGCCCCACCAGCUCGGGGUAGAGCACGCUCCAACGCAAUCGCCGGCUCACGCCCUGCACUCUCUGAACUACAGGCGUCAGCGCCCCCGGAGUCCGCUUUACCUGAUUCCGGCGACGGUGCCAAAGCGAAGAAGACCAGCGAAAAUGAGGAUGUGAGGUACAUGAACUCCGAAUGCCAAGACUGCCUUCGAAUCGCGGCCGUGAAAGCCGAGCUCGUUAUUUGCGAGAGAUAUUCGGGGCGGAUUACGUCACUGUCGAUUUGGAUUGAGGGGAUGGUGCCCGGAUCUGUUAAGGGGGAUUCAGAAGAUAGGUGGAGGAGCGCUAGUGCUAUAAUCGAUGUGCGCGCUAUUAAAUGUGCCGAGUUGGAUGAAGCCAAGGUUAACCGCACCUCGGAGAUCAAGAAAGCGUGGCGGGAGUACGAAGACUUGUUUGGGCUACGACCUCAGACGCCAAAUUCGGAGGGUGAAGAGCCGGAUGGCAUGUCAGUGGUCGAUGACGGGAUAUCGAAUCCUGAAGGUGCUUCUGGAGCCUCGGCGGAUGAGGAGGGCGAGUGGAGCGGAAGAUCGGCGGAGGGAAGCAGCGUGGGUGGGGAUGUGGACUCAGAGGGUCCAAAGAGCCCCAAUUGUUCUGCUGGGAGUGGCGAUAUUGAUAAAGAUGGUGAGGUAGAUUCAAGCAGGGGGGCGGAGAGGUACAAAGAAUUGGAUAUCGAUGACAGGUCGUCGACGAAGGAUGGAAAGAAUUCGGCUGCCGCAGUAGGUCGCAUGUCUCGAAAGGCUUACGAGGGCGCGUGCAAAACGGGCGCUCUGCUAGGCCGGGUCCGAGAAAUGACAGAGAGCAUCGAAGAGGAGCUGGAUGACUAUCGUGCCGUUCAAAACGAGGAUGGAGUGUUAAGUGACGAGAAAGCCCAAGUAAACGCCGUCCAGCGUCAAAUUGAUGGGGUGAAGAUUCUGAUUAAUCGCCGCCUUGACAGAGGUCGUGGAAAAGAGCCGAGCGAUGGACCGGGCUCUUUGAUUAAUAUGAUUGCGGAAAUGAACAAGGGAAUCAGUGAUUUAUAUGAAAGAAAGAGAAAGCGCGAGCAGAGAGGCGAAGACGCUAGCGAGGAUGAUGGUGAGGAAGGGGAGCAGCCAAGCCAUAGCCACCUACCAUUGAAGACGCCUGGCCAUCUAAUGCAAAAGAAAACCCUCCCGUCAGAGAAACAAAAGAGUCAACGGACCCGUGAUGCAGAUAUUGUGAAUGCCGCGGCCAAAAGAUCCGAGAAAUAUGCGAUCACCGCCUACCGCCAGGGACAUCAAGGCUAA